AUGGCAUUCUUUGCACUCAUCAUUGGGUACUCCGGCCUGCGGUACUACUAUGAUAGUGGACUCCCGGAUGGGGUCAGCAGUUUGAACUUCUUCGGUAUCUGCAUGCUCGCAUUCUUAAGCUUCUUGACUGGAAUCGGUGGCAACGGGGGUUUGGUAAGUGGGAUGAACUCCACCGCAAAGAGUUGGCCCGAUAGAGCGAGAGCCACCAUGAACGGCAUUGUCAUCUCUGGAUUCGGCCUUUCAGCAUUCCUCUUCUCCACGAUUGCCCAUAUCGCCUUUCCUGGAAAUACUUCUGACUUCCUGCUUGUGCUCGCGAUUGGGACCUCGCUGCCUAUGGUACUUGGAUUUUUUCUCGUGCAUCCGAUUCCGCUACCUUAUUCUGAGCUGAACCACUCCACCUCGGACGACGGGCUCGACGACGCGUUUGAUUCGCAGGCAAGCAUCACUGCCGCUCCCCCACCGCUUUUUCAGCAGGAGAACAACAGCCACACGCACUUACUCUCGCCCAGCUUGCUUGCGGUAGAGGAUGAUGGCGAGCUAUCGGAUGGUCCUGUUGACGAGGAGGUGGGGUUCCGCCAUCCGGCGCGCGAGGCGACGGCAUCCUCAGAUUACUUCGUUCGGCCAGCGGGCGAGUCGAUGGCGCUGAGCCCGACGCGCGGGGGCCGAACUAGGUCGCGCAGCACAUUCUCCGUGUCGCGCCGGAGCUUACGGAAUGCUGAGUUAAUGUCGGCCCACUUGGACGGGCCGAACGUUCAUGGGAAGGGCCUAUUCACAAGUACAGACUUUUGGGUGCUCUUCACGAUCACUGCAUUGCUGAGCGGGACCGGAUUAAUGUAUAUCAACAAUGUUGGCUCAAUAUCCCAAGCUCUUUUCGCAGCAGGGAAUCCCAACUACGAUGAAGCGACAGCUGCACAAUGGCAAGCGACACAAGUGUCGAUUGUCAGCGUCAUGAACUGCCUCGGACGAUUCUGCAUCGGCAUUCUCGCGGAUUUCUCGAAGACGUUCCUGCGGUUGCCGCGGUCGUUCUGUAUCACGCUUAUUGCAUGUGUGUUCGUCGUCUCGCAAGUGACGUGCUUCUAUAUCGACACCGUCCAGAACCUCUGGAAGGCGAGUGCGCUGCUGGGGCUCGCGUACGGUGCCAUGUUCGGGCUCUUCCCCACGAUCGUCAUUGAAUGGUUCGGACUGCCACAUUUCUCGGAGAACUGGGGAUUCGUAGCCCUUGCGCCCAUGUUGGGCAGCAACGUGCUCUCCAUUGCGUUCGGGCGCAACCUCGACGCGCAUGCGUCGCCGUCUGCGCCGACGUCGAAUGCGACGGCGCACCCGGGAUUGGCAUCCCACGCGGGGAUCCUUGCCCGGGCAGGUCUGCCGUCGGAGCGACAAUGCUUUGACGGCCGCGCAUGCUACGUGGACAGCAUCAGGCUAACCAUCGGAGCGUGUUGCCUCGCUCUCGGCCUCGCUCUGUACGCUGGUUGGCGAGAUCGGCGGCGGCAGGAAAAGAUCACGCUGAAGGGCGCAGAGGUCGUCCCUGGCCCGGAGGUAAUUUGGGAGGAAGAGGAGAGCUAA